AUGGGGGCCGCGCAUAGACAGGCCAAGAACAGAAAGAGUGGAGGUCGACGUUUGUUCUGCACCGUCAUCCAUUUCGUUUCGCAAACACAUCUGAAAGUCGUUUUUUGUCCGUUCUUGGAAGCGAGGAAGUCAACUAAUUUGCCUCUCGAAACUCGAGGUCAUGCGGUUCGCCCUACUCGACACGGAGAUCCUUGCAGGAGCCACAAGUGCGAGGUUCUUAGCUCACGCGUUCGAGGCGCGACCAGCCUGUCUCUGUUUUUUAUUGAUUGCUGCCUCAGGCGCGGCAUGCGCAACAUGGCGGACUUUGUGGUCGGGCGGCUUCUGAAGGGGAACAGAGGCGCCACUCAGGAGGCCCAGCAAAUUCGAGGAGACCCCAAAGAGAUGAAGGCGACUGUUCUGCGGGUCAUGGAGGCCGCGGAGACAGCGGCCUAG